UAUUAAUAUAGAAUUGAAAUAUGUCAUUUUUCAAACAUUUGCAACAAAAUCUGAGUCUUCCUUCUGUGUCUUCACUGGUUGACACGUUAAGUAAUGCUGUAGAUGAUUUUACUAGUGCAGUUGGUGAUGUCAGCUACACAGUAGCCGACUCUGUUACAGAGCAGGUAACAAAUGUGUUCAGCAGUUUUCGGACAGAAACGACAAUUACAGUGCAAGAAGAUAAACCUCUAUUAGACAAAGAUAAAGUAACAUCAUUAAAUAAUAUUAAAGAAAAUUUUGUGAGAGAAGAAUGUGUACCAGAAGAAAAACACAGACAAAGUGCUUCUUCAAAAAAAUGUACAAAUGAUGGUAGGGAAUUUUGUCCUAAUAAAAGCAAAGUAGAUUCUCAGCAAAAUGUUCCUGAACCAAAUAAUUUUUUUAAUGAGACAAAAAUUGGUGAGACACAUGUAAAACAUGCUCAGUGCAAAAUUAAUUACUUAGAAAAACACAUAUCAAAAGAUAAUAGAGAGAAUUCCAGUACUUAUAAGCCAGAAGAAUUUCUUAAUCAAGAACCAGAUAGACAGUCAUAUACUGUAUCAAACCAAUCUAAUGAAAGUUUGUGUGAAAAAAUAAAACAAAAACCAACAGAACUUGACUUGAAAAACACUAAAGAAGUACACAGUAUUUCAUUCAAGAGUUUGGAAGAAACUGAGGAACAAACAGUAGAACUGCCAGACUCAAGAUCUGAAAAACUAAACCGUUUUCAUGAAGUAAAAAGAAAGAAAUACAAGACACUUGUGACAAAGCAAGAAGAAAAUGUAACAUCUGAUCUUUCAAAGAAAAGUGAAAAGGAAAAGACUAAGUACUCAGAAAGUUUUUUAAAAGAAGUGAGUAGUAAGAAGACACCAGAAAAAGAUAACUUAUACAUAAAUAAAGACCAGCAUGGUUCAUCAUCGGAGAGUGAAGAUGAGGCACUAGGUAAAUACCAUGAAGCCUUGUCAAGAACACAGAGUUCAUGGCCACCAGCAGGCAACAGUAGACAACAGAAAAAUUAUCGUUGGGAAACCAGACAAAAAUAUAGCCCAUUGUCUGCAGAGUAUGAUGGGUAUAGUAGUGAAGCCUCUGUAGAUGAAGCAGACUGUAUUCAAAGAAUGAGACAAACACCUCCUCUUGAUGAAUUGCAGCCUCCACCAUACCAGGAUGAUAGUGGCUCUCCACAUCUCUCCUGUACACCUUCUGAAGUUGGUGAGAGCAAAUGUGAAUUUUCUCAGUGCAGCAACAGUCCAAGAUGUUCUUAUAAAUGCCCAAGUGAAGGAAGUAACGGGCAUGAAAUAGAAAGUUUCCAUAAUAAAGGAUAUGAAGAAGAUGUGCCUAGUGAUAGUACUGCUGUCCUUAGCCCGGAGGAUCUGUCCGUUCAAGGAUCAUCAUCACAGCUCCCUAAAUCUUUUGAUCCAGAACCAGAAGCUAAAUAUGGCACCUUGGAUGUGACUUUCGACUAUGACUCACAGGAACAGAGGCUUCUGAUAACAGUUACAUCUGUCACAGACAUUCCAAAUUAUAGCAAGACAAGUGGAAGUCUGUGGCAAGUACACCUAGUUCUCCUUCCUAUCAAGAAACAGAGGGCAAAAACCAGUAUCCAACGUGGUCCUUGCCCUGUCUUGACUGAAACAUUUAAAUUUAAUCACAUUGAGUCUGAGAUGAUUGGGAAUUAUGCAGUACGCUUUAGACUAUACAGUAUACGUCGUGUAAAAAGAGAAAGAAUUUUAGGAGAAAAGAUAUUUUACUUAACCAAAUUAAAUCUUCAAGGAAAGAUAUCAGUACCAGUGACUCUAGAACCAGCAUACAACAUUUCUGGCUGUGAGUCCCAAAUGAGCAUGUCAGAGGCAUCCUGCAGUGAAAGUAUUUCCUCUUGUCAAUCUUUGGCACAUGGCUCAGCUCCCGAAAUCCUCAUCGGAUUGCUUUAUAAUGCCACAACUGGAAGACUAGCAGCAGAAGUGAUAAAAGGCAGCCACUUCAAAAACUUGGCAGCAAACAGACCACCCAAUACAUUUGUUAAGCUGACCUUGCUGAAUUCCAUGGGUCAAGAAAUGUCCAAAUGCAAGACAUCCGUCCGAAGAGGGCAGCCAAAUCCAGUGUACAAGGAGACCUUUAUUUUUCAAGUGGCACUCUUUCAGCUUUCCGAUGUUACACUUAUAUUAUCUGUGUAUAACAAACGCAGCAUGAAGCGAAAGGAAAUGAUAGGCUGGAUUUCUUUAGGUUUGAACAGCUCUGGUGAAGAGGAGCUGAACCACUGGACUGAGAUGAAAGAAUCAAAAGGACAACAAAUAUGUAGGUGGCACUCUUUAUUAGAAUCUUAAUUUAGAAUUGAAGCUCCACUGAAUGUCAACAUAGAAUGAGAUUAUUGUUUUCGUACAGCUAAGAGACUCUUACAGAAACUACAAGUUUUUGUAUUUCAAAUUAACAUUCCUCUUUUAAAAAAUGCACAAAAUGCUGUGAAGGAGUAUAAACAUUCACAUUUUCAUUUAAUAUUACUGUUUUUUUAAAGCACCAGAUGCAGAAGAUAGCAACCACAAGUCUUUAUCAUGAAACAUUUAGGAUUCUCUCACCUAUUCUUACUUUGGUUAACAUGCAACUUUUAUGCAAAUCUUUUAUUUGUAUGAAAUUAUCUGAUUGGUUUUUUUUCUCUUUUAGUAGUGUUGCGCUUCAUGUUGUAGAUGAUCUAUCAAGAAGCAGAUCUAGAGGGGGAAAGAAGAAUGGUUAAAUGGCAGAAGAAAGCUCAAUGAUAGGAGUGAAAUAUUGUAGGUUUGCGAUAGUAUUAUUUUUUCCCAUCCUUAGUGAUUUAACAUUUCUGACAGUGUAUGUCUGAAGAGUUGCUAUGCAAGAGAAGCUAGAUGCUGACUACUUAUGAGAUUCUCUGUGGUGUCUGUUUUAAACAUGAUUCUUUCCCCCACCCCCAAGAGAGCUGAAACUGUUUUAAAAGAGAAUUACCAUUUAUGGUGUAAAGACACAUAACUUUCAUUCUUGAUAAAUAGGCUUUUGUAUUAUUUCAAAAGCUGAAAAACUUGUUUGACCAGACUGUAAAUCUCACCUCUUAAAAAUUACUGGGAUGG